UCAGUCGUUGGUGAAAACUUUGAGAUGUGGACACAAUGGAUUUUAUGAGAUUAACCACCCGUUUAUGAGGAUCAAAACUACUUCUCUGAAUCGCGACGUCGUCGAAAGAAAGGACGUAUAAAAAAAGAAAAAUAGCCACCAGCGACGUGCCUCCUCAUCUCCUGCCAUGUCUGUAUCCAUGAGGAACCCACCUCAGCGCCGGCGCUCUCUGGGUCCCGUCUCUCCUAAACGGAUCUACAGAAACCUGUCUGUCAGACUGAGGGGAGGAGAAUCUUCUGUUGGUGUGGAGCGGGACGCACCCAAGCAGCCCAGCCGGCCUGCAGAAGCAUACAAGACCCUUUGGGAGGCAGUAGAAAAUGAGGACACUUUGGCUGUACAGAGCCUUUUGUCCAAAGAGCACACCAGCAGUGGAGGAGGAGUAGCAGGGAGAAGCAUGUGGGAGAGGGGAGAGAAGAAAGAGAAGGACUGGGACCGAGAUAAAGAAAAAGGGGUGAACAGAGUGAGCGAGCAGGGCCUGGUUCCCCUUGACGUGGCUGCCCUCACCCACAACUCCCCUCUGCUUCAUGUGCUAACAAAGGCAGGAGCCAGACAUAACCCUAUUUUGUGUCGGACCGUAGAAUGGGCAGUUAAGCUGGACAACCUGGUGGCUCUGGCGAGUAAACGAGUCGAUGAGAAGAAGGCAGAGUUGGUGAGGAAAGCGGGAGCGGGGCCCCAGGCACAGGCGGACGUCCAGGGACAGAUCAGCCUCUGGAGACUGAGGCUGCAGCUUUACUGCCGGAUGAGGGAAAACUUCAACAACACAGAGCUCCCUGGCCCUCCCAGUCAUGUGUCCAUACUGGUAACCAGCACGUCAUCUUUGUGUGUGGUGAUCAAAGAGCCAGAAGCCGACACCAUGGGGCUCAUCACCCGCUACAAAGUGGAAUGGAGCACAUCAGCUUGCUUCAAACGCAUUCUCGGCUGUGCCCAAGUUGCAGAAACCAAGCACCCUUCCUAUAAUAUCAAGGGAUUGACAACAGGAGUGCACUACUUUGUCAGAGUGAGCGCCUACAACGUGAAGGGAUGGGGUCCGCCUCAGUGCUCUACUCCAGUCAGCGCUGCCCCCUCUAGUUGGAGAGAGUGCGUUGGUGUAAAGUCGCAGAUCAGGAAUUAUGAGGGCAUUGUGAGAAAACUGCUGGAGAAUGCAACAGAAUCACAAUACAAAGGGUAUUGCAUAGAGAACUUGAAGCCCCAGAGUCCCAGCAAGCGUCUGUCAGUGUCUCGAGGCAUCAAGCAGCUGUUUCAGUCUGCCACCAAGUUUGUUCGUCUACUCCAAAGGGGCGUCUACAUGGCAACGAUAUUUUACCACAAGGAAAAUAUCCUGGUGACGGCCGAAGAUCAGAUCCCACUGGUGGAGAUCCAGUGCUGCUCCACCUCCAUCACCCAGGACUUCCUUUGGUUUGUCAAGUUGUCCUGUGCAUGGCAGCAAGUCCCCUGGCUCCAGCAGGCUCUGUCCUCAGCUCACUCAUCUCCAUCCUCCCUCCUUCAGAACAGGCACAACAUUUUAAGAGCUGUUUCUCAGCUGCAGUCCUCUCUAGGAACGACGGACCUGGGCCAGGUGUACUACGAACCUCUGAAAGACCGGCAGGGCAACAUACUACUAGUGACUCUGAAAGGAUUUCCAAAUCCCCCCAGCCCUCCUGACCCUCCCUUUCACUGGAUACCUCUGGCUCGCCUGGAAAAGAACCGCAGCAGAACUCCUCUGCUACCCGAGCCCACAGCCAUGGACAUGCUCUAUGAGCAGCUGAAGGAGAAGCUGUCCUUCCACAGGCACAGCAUCCAGUGGCCCCAUGCAGGUCUGUACGUGGGCAUCCUGAAGCUCUGCAGCUCCGUGGAGCAGAUCAGGGUCCUGGUUCCCCAGAGGCUGCCCAAUCUGCUCUGCCACACACGGGUCCGACACAAUCCCCACGUAACCAGAGAGGAGUGGGCAUGGCUCCAGAGUCAUGUUUACGUACACAGCGGUAGCGUUCAGAACCUGCUGAGCAGUGAGGACGAGAGCUCCAUGGAGGGCAGUGCUCUGGUAGAGUUUGUCAGGGCUCUAAGAGCAGCAGUCACACAUCUACUGACAAAGCUCAACAUCCCCCUCUACAGGGCGUAUCAGUAUGGUGUGUACACCCGAGAGCUGCUCCAGUUUGAUGAAAAGAUGUCCAUGGUGUUGCUCCUGCCUCCCAGUGAGGACUUCAGCUCCAGCUACUGGCCUCUGGUGGGGACCAAGGAGCCCGGCCUAACCCUGCCUCUGCAGAUCUUUGAACUGGUUCACUUCUGGACGUACGAGCGGGAUUUUCUGUGCCAGUACUGCCAGGCCUGGGUGAGGCUGGAGCUGGACACCCAUCUGGCUCAGCAAGCUCUGCGUGAGGCGCUGGACACCAAGGAGGUGCAGGAAGCCCGAGAGCGACUCAACAACAUCACGGAGCUAUCUCGGAGAUUGGAUGUGGUGUGGAGGGAUGCUCGCUGGAUCAUGGACUGUCUACAGUGCGUCCGGUCUAAGCAGUGGGUGGGGGCGGUGCCUCUAGGCCUGGUGAUGGGAGGAGACCCGCCCCCUUGUCCCGAUGGAGAGGAAGAGUCAGAGACUUUGACUGCCAGACUGACUUGGCCCCAUCGGAUGCCGACACAAAGAGCCAUCACAGAGAGUUCAGUCAGCGUCCCUCCACCAGUUACUGCUGAGGUCUCCACUGCAGAAGUAAUCUCGGCUGUCACCGAGGAGGCCGCGCUGGUGCUGAUGGAAGGUGUCGUGAAGGGAGGGUACCCUGUAGACAUGAGCUCUCAGUCCACCACGGACCUGACCAGCAUUGGCCAGUCAGAACUUGAAUGCGCCGAUGUUUUGAUAGAGUCCGGAUUGGAGGCUGCUGCUAUUGCACAGUUAGAGACAGGAUAUUCAGUUUUGGACGCAGAGGAACCGUACAACAAGGACCUGGACUUUCACUCCUGCAUCACUGAGGUCAUCCAGCCAAUGGAAAUGGCAGAGUUGGUGGACAUCCUGCCUACGCUGAGUCGUAUUGAGGAGGAGGAGAACCCCACUGGCUUGUCCACACCAUCUGUACUGCAGAUGCUCGAGAGCUUUGCACUAGGGAUUGGUGAGGACAGGUCCCUCUUUGACUUUGGGGACGGGGGCUCGUCGGAGCCCGGACCGCACUGUAACAAUAGCAGCAGUGUGAAGGAGACGCACUGUGAGGGUAUGGUGUUGCAGCCACAAGAGGCUUCAGCCUCUUGUCCCACUCUGAAGGCUGCAGGCGGUGAUGUAUCUGCCUCGAGCUGGGACUGUCCUCGAGAAGAUCCAGAGACACAGGAGUCUCCAGGCAAUGGGACAUGUCUACGAAUGAGGAGUCAGGUGGAGUGGGACAAACCCGCUAACAGCUCUUCCUGAUAUCAGCUCACAUACCAGCUGGCCUUAAACUUGAUGUUAAUUUAACUUAUGAGCAUGCAAAAGCACACUUAAUUCAGAAAAAUCACAUGUAACCAUUAAGAGCAUUGACACGCCCACUCAAGUCCUGUGUUUGUUAUUGUCAUGUACUCAUUUAACAAAAACUGUCGUGCAGAAUGUGGUUCUGCAUUGCUCUAAUGGAAAAUGCACACGUGCAUGUUGCAGCGUGUCAGCCGGUCAGGGGCGGUCUCGCCUUUAGUUAUGUUGGUGUUCUCUUGGUUUUGUUAUGGAAAACACAAUCGUCUCUGUGGAAAAAGACACACUUUCUAGGGGAGUGAAGUUAAGUUUUAAAAUAACAAAUAUUGUCCAGUUCAGCUGUUGUCCUCACUUUUCACUUCCCUUCUCCAUUGUCUUAUUUGAGAUGGUUCCUAUUGGCCCCCCAGUAAUUUAAGUCUUUGCACGUAUCUGGUCCAACAAUUUCUUUAUUUUUUAGAUUUUAUCCACUAGACCUUGUUAGACAGAAGAAAAAAACUAAUAAGCUACAGUAGUUCUUUUUAUUACUCGAAAAUACACUCACUACAGCAUGAAGCCACACUGCUUUGUGGUUGAGCUGGAUACAAACUCAUUUAAUUCAUACAAUUCAAUCAAAUGGAAGUGUUGCUUUACUAUCUGUGAAAAACAAACAUACUUGUAUUGAAAAAUGAUGGUUGUGAUUGGUUUUCCUGCAUGCACUUUCUGCUUUUGGUAGUACAAGACGCCAGCAGUAUUCAGUUUUAAUUUCAGCUUCUUUCAGAGGAGUCCAACGAAAUGAAAACAAGUCUGAGGAAAUAGUGUGGCUGCUGAAAGAAAACUGAGCACCAUAAGUCACCUUGUUGUUGUUUGCUGCACGUUUCUUUCCUGCAUCUUCACGCUGUCUGUCACAACAACUAGUCUGAGCACAGCGGCGUCUGAACCGAAGCCAAUAAAACAGUGAGGGUGCGUAGAAAUUUCAUCCAUCUGUAACAUGUAGCAACAACAUUUGGAGAUGCUGGUCUCAUUACUGCUAAAUUAUGGAAUGUAAUUUAGGCUAAAUCUGAGAAAACAAUAGGAUCUACCAGCUGUGUAUUUUAGCUCAGUGUCUUUCAACAAAAGCCAUUAUAUAACUGUAGAUUUCAUUGUAUUUCGACACAGUUUAUAAUAUAAUGUAACUACGGUGCAAUAUAUGUACCGGUAGUAGAAAUAGGCGGAAUAUACAAGUGGAUUAGUUGGCUUUGAAAGCUUGUUACCCAAGACAUAUACUGUAAUAGUGAAUGUAUUAUUUAGUGUAUAACAUUUAAGUAACUGUAAAGGCUUUCUGCAUUGUCUAACUGUCUUCUGGUUCUUACAGUAAAAGAAAACAAAACUCACUGAAAGUUUUAAGUUUAAAGAUUCUGAACAGCCACAGUACCCAGUAACAUCUAUCAUCAGACUGAUGCUUGUUUGACAUCCUGUUCAGUCCCACCUUUGAAAGUGGGAUUGCGUGAAUUACGAUUGGAGCGUUCAUCCUAUUUAGUGUGUAUUAAAGUGGAAAUGAUUGUUAAGUUCAAGCAUCAACCUCUGUACACUUUUAUAAACCUAACACAAAACAUAAGGUAAUUUGUAUUUGAUAGAUAAUUUCUUUGUUGUAACAAUGUUUCUUGGCAAUAAAUCUUAUAUCGUUGGAAAGCCUGUUUAUUUCCCUUUUAAAUGGAGCCACAUUUGUAAAUAACCUGUAUUUGUGGGAUGGCAAGCAGAGCUGAGGUUUGCACCCUUGAAAAAUUUUUCAAAUGUUCUCUCCCAAUGCCAAACAACUAUAAUUUUUUUUUUUGGGUGUUUGGUGGAUUGUAUAGUUGAAGUUUGAAGAAACAACACAUAUUGGCAAUUUAAUAAUCGAUCCAUUUAACAAACAGGAGUCUCAGUAGUGAGUGGAAGAACAACAACAGCCUGACUCCUCCUCAUCCUGGUCUCCCCUACUGUGGGACGGCAUCUCGUUCUGCAACCAGCAUUUGUCUCAAGUAGCCAACGUGGUUGUGUUGGUCACUCUGGUACGAACAAGACGCCCAAGCUGGUCCCACAAGAGUUCAAGGAGGUUG